AUGUCGAGCAUUUUGCUUACGGCUAGAGACCAGGAUGGAUACAUUUUUCAUUGUAAGGAGAACUUGAGGCGGACGCUUCUGUUCCUGUUGCUCUCAUCAGGAUUGUUUCCAACUUUGCCUUCUUUUGGAAAGACAAAGAAGAAGAACCCUUAUGACGAAAAACGCUUGCUAGAACAGAAUAAGCGGAUACAGAAAGAAAAUAAUGCACCUGAAGACUUCCCAAAUUUUGUCCGGGAAGUAUUGACAUCAGAGAACUAUGUGACGAGUGAUACAGGGCUCAUAUAUCGGGAUAUCGAAGUUGGUAAAGGUGAUUGCCCAAAGGCUGGUCAACAGGUGACAUUUCACUACAUUGGUUAUAAUGAGUCCGGCCGCCGAAUUGACAGCACAUACUUACAAGGUAGACCUGCCAACAUCCGAAUGGGCACAAAUGCACUUGUUCCAGGUGAUCAAAGCAAUAACAUUCGUCGUCUAGUGCUAGGCUUUGAAGAAGGAAUUCGAGACAUGAGGCCUGGAGGAAAAAGAAGAAUAAUUAUUCCUCCAGAGCUUGGCCCACCCGUUGGACCUUCAACCUUUUUCAGCUCAAAGCAAUUUGAAGUUUUCGACGUGGAACUCCUAAGCAUUAAAGACUGCCAAAGGAGGACCAUUGGCUUUUACUCUGAUGUUGUAUGCAAUUGA